UGAAAAUGCUCCCCAUCCAACCUGAUGGAGCUUGAGAGGGUCUGUAAGGAAGAAUGGGCAAAACUGCCCAAGAAUAGGUGUGCCAAACUUGUAGCAACCUAUUCAAAAAGACUUGAGGCUGUAAUUGCUGCCAGAGGAGCUUCUACAAGUAUGAAACAUCCGAGCAUCUGCUGCCGUAAGCUCCUCUUCCUCCUCUUCCUCCUCUUCCUCUCCACCUGUCGAGGUCUGGGGCAGGAGCGGCCGUCCUGCAGCCGCUGCGACCCUCAGCUCUCCUGCAACUGCUCCUGCGGCGGAUUCACUGGCGUUCCCACGGUAACGGGCCAAGCUCUGACCCUCAACCUCUCCUCCAACAACAUCUCCGAGGUGACCGACGACGACCUGACGGGACACGCCAGACUGAGGGUUCUGGAUCUCCACGCUAACAGAAUAGCCAUCAUCCAUCCGUCAGCGUUGGACUCUCUGUGGAGCCUGGAGGAGCUGGACCUGUCCGACAACCAGCUGAGCACCCUCAACCACAGCUGGUUCAGUCACCUGGGAGCUCUGCAGAAGCUCCACCUGCUCAACAACCCGUACAGCCGUCUGGGAUCUCCUUCGCUUCCUCCGCUGUUUCGAGGACUUGUCGGACUCAGGAGUCUGGCGUUUGGAGGUCCAGCUCUGCAGGAGUUGGGGAAAGGAGAUCUGCACGGCGUCACCCAGCUGGACGAGCUCACCGUGCACGCCAACAACCUGUCCAGGUACCAGUCUGGGGCUUUGGCCGACAUCUGGCCGCUCGGUCGCGUCACCUUGAGCCUCCACGGCCCGUUUCUAACAAACGCCACCUUGGCCUCGGCCGUGCUCAGUGACGUGUCGUACCCUGAGACGCCCAUCACCCUGCAAGACAUUCACCUGACCGGGACUGAGUCUGCUCAGGGUUUCAGAGAGGCGGCCAGGAAGAGGAUCAGGUCCUUGACCUUCCACAACCUCUCUGCUUCUGAUGAAUCUGUUGUGGACCUCCUGACGAUGAUGGACGGAGUACCGCUUUCUUCCAUUUCCGUGACUGAUGUGACUUUAACAGGGGAAGGCAGGUGGGAAAAAGCCAAUUGGACCGAUCAACGGAGCUUUGACGAGUUCUUUGUCCAGAACAUCGUGGUGCUGGAUGUCUUCAAGUUCACCUCUUUUCUGACACUGGAGUUUCUGCUGACUUACCCGAGGAAGGUGUCCCUGAUAAAUGGCAGGGUGUAUUUGAUGCCCUGUCAAACGUCCCAGAUGCUGGUGAACCUGCAGUACCUGGACUUGACGGACAACCUGCUGACUGACUUGACCCUGGCAGAAAGUCUCUGUGAAAACAACGUAACGUUGAAGGAACUCAGGGUGUUAAACGUCAGUGGAAACCCUCUGAAGUCUUUGUCCACAAUGAGCCGACUGGUGGCUAAACUAACCACGCUGACCCACCUGGACGUCAGCAGAACCGGCUACAGCUCCAUGCCCUCGAACUGCUCCUGGCCCUCCACCCUCAGAUACCUCAACAUCUCAAGAGCGAAGCUCACCACCGUCACUUCCUGUUUUCCAGCAAGUUUGGAGGUGUUGGACCUGAGCUACAACGAUCUCAGAGACUUCACGGUGCUCCUGCCCGUGCUCAGAGAGCUCUACCUAUCUGGGAACAAGUUUCUGAGGUUGCCUUCUGGGAAUCUCCUCGUAAAUCUAUGCACCCUAACCAUACAGUCCAACACCCUGAAUGUGUUCAGCCACUCAGACCUCCAAUCGUUUAGACGACUCCGGAACCUCCAGGCGGGCCAGAACAAGUUCAUCUGCUCCUGCACCUUCGUUCCUUUCCUCCAGUUUCUUCUUCGAGGAGGUGGAGACGUUCAGUUGACGGAUGGAGAGGCCAGCUACGUCUGUGACUCCCCUCUCCACCUGCAGGGGAAGCCCGUGAGUGGAGUCCACCUCUCUGUCGUCGAGUGUCACCAGGUUCUUUUUGUGUCGGUGAGUUGUGGGUUGGCGUUGGUCGUCGGGAUCCUGCUGUGUGUCCUGCUCUGGCGACUCCACGUCUUCUGGUACCUGAAGAUGACCUGGGCGUGGCUCAAGGCCAAGCGCAGCUCCAAGAACCGGCGGCGUAGAGAUACGGAGGGAUGGGAAGCGUUGCUGUCCUUCGAUGCCUUUGUUUCCUACAGCGAAAGAGACGCUGGCUGGGUGGAAAACUUCCUGGUACCUGAGUUGGAGGAGCCUAGAGAGGAAAAUUCUCGACCUUUGACCCUUUGCCUCCACAAGCGGGACUUCCUUCCUGGACACUGGAUCGUGGACAACAUCAUGAACGCUAUUGAGCGCAGUCGUCGGACCGUCUUCGUCCUCUCUGAGAACUUCGUCCACUCCGACUGGUGCCGCUACGAGCUGGACUUCUCCCACUUCUGGCUCUUCGACGUCGGCGGCGACGCGGCCAUCUUGAUCCUGCUGGAGCCGCUGUCCAAGGACGACGUUCCCAAACGCUUCUGCAAACUGCGCAAGAUCAUGAGCUCCACCACCUACCUGGAGUGGCCUCAGGAGGAGGAGAGGAGGCCGGAGUUCUGGAGGAGCCUCCGCAACGCUCUGAGGGGAGACGAGGACUGAAAGACAGAGAAGGAAAGUACAGGGGAAGAGGAGAAGGACAGGAAGUGGAAAAGGAGGAAAAUAAAGAGAUGUGAACGACAUUAAUGAAGGAUAUGGUGAAAGCUGCCACUUGACUACAUAUUACAUCAAAUGUUCUCUUUUUGAAUGUUCUAUUUCAAUUAAAUAAAUGGGUUCAUAUUUGGUA